ACUAUUGCGGGCUUGGUGCAGCAUCAAAUCAUGAUAACUCAGCAGAUCGGGUUCGUCAUCGCGCAGCACCAUUCUACUUCGCCCAAAGUGAGAAAAGAGUGGAAACGAUUUGUGAAUUUCAUGGCAGAUGCGACUUGUGAGCGUACAGCGUCGAGUCCUUCACAAUGGAAAAUUUAUUGCGGGAAUCAAACCUUUCGCUGUCACGAUGUGGAGUGGACGUGUACUUGUCUAUUUUAUAGCAGUCACCAUUUACCAUGUCGUCAUCUUAUGCACUUAGCACGCCAGGGGCAUGGCUUCAAACUGCUUCCAGCUAUGGCAAUUCAUGAUCGGUGGAGUACGUACCAGACCUUGGAAGUGAAAAACGAAUUGACGGCUGCAGCGGAAAUGUUACAGCCAAUUGUGCAGAUGUCCAAGUUAAGGUUGCCGAAAGUAAAGUUGCCGAACGACACUGGGGCUGAACCAGAACAACCACUUUAUGCUGCGGGGGGGGGGGGGUAA